UGUUACAUGUCCACGCAGCGUGAGCAGCAAGUGUCAUUGAACGCUUUUCCUGUUUUUAUUUUUACACAUUUAACUAACAGAUCUUCUUAGCUCAGAGAUGGAGAAGUUACUCUAACUUUUAAGACGUAUUUCGUGUCUGUGACAGCUCAGUGUUAGCGAAGAGAUGCAGACCUUAGCGGGUACAAAGUCCAUGUUUUUCCAGUAUCCUAAAAGUAUCGCUGCUGUCGCACUAACAGGAGUGGGACUUUUUGGUGUAAAGAAAUGGAUGGCAGGGGGCGUCUGCCGCAGCAAAGCCCGGCUGGAUGGAAAAACCGUACUGAUCACUGGAGCCAACACGGGGAUCGGCAGAGAAACUGCUGUUGACCUGGCGAGAAGAGGUGCGAGGGUGAUUCUGGCUUGUAGAGACAUGGACAGAGCCAACAAAGCAGCAGAAUAUGUGAGAAAGAAGACCGGAAACGACAACGUGGUCGUCAAAAAGUUGGAUCUGGGAUCUCUACAGUCGGUGCGACAACUUGCCAAAGAUGUCUUGGCAAGUGAAGAGCGGCUGGAUGUCCUCAUUAAUAAUGCAGGUAUAAUGAGCUGUCCGCAGUGGAAGACUGACGAUGGCUUUGAGAUGCAGUUCGGGGUGAACCAUCUGGGCCACUUCCUUUUAACAAACUGCCUGUUGGAUCUCCUGAAGAAAUCAUCCCCGAGCCGCAUUGUCAAUGUUUCCAGUUUAGCACAUGAAAGAGGUCAAAUCUAUUUCGAUGACAUCAAUCAGGAGAAGGAUUACCGCCCUUGGAAAAGCUACGGUCAAAGUAAACUAGCCAAUGUCCUCUUUACAAGGGAGCUAGCCAACAGACUGCAAGACACUGGUGUGACGACGUACAGCCUUCACCCUGGAGUAAUUCGGACUGAGCUAGGUCGACACUUCUGGCCCAAUAUACCGCUUUGGAAGAGAGUUGUGUACGUACCGCUCACUUUUCUCAUCAAGACUCCAACGGAGGGGGCGCAGACCACCAUCUACUGUGCUGUGGAGGAGAGCCUGCAGAAGGAGAGCGGACUCUACUACAGCGACUGUGCCCCUAAGGCCGCCGCCCCUCAGGGACAGGACGACGAAGCCGCCAAGAAGCUGUGGGAUCUGAGCGCCUCUAUGGUCGGCCUGACUCAGUCACAGUGACACCGAUAAUGACGACAAAGACACACCGUCAUCAUCGCAGUACCUGAGGACCGUCGUGCAGCCUGAGAACGUACCUGCGCUCUUCCCAGCGAGCCUCUGUGGCUAUUAAUGGUUGAGCACCGGCUGAUGAGGAGUGAGUUGACAAACGAAACACAGGAAACCGCAGGUGAAAGACAUUUAUUUUAGAAUUUACAACAAACUACUUGCAAAAAUACUAUGGAUAAAACUAUGUCUCCUUUUUGAACAGAAUCACUGCUUCACAGGUAAGUUACAUGGAAGCUGUAUGAUCUUUAGCUUACCAUCUUAGUGAAAUGACUCUUUAACUGACAAGACCUGCAUGUCUUUCACUGUUACUUUGUAUAAACCCACAAUAAUAACAUAUUCUUUAACAUGUGUUUCUAACACUGUUAAUGGUGAUAUUUUCAUUUGUUUCCCCCCUCCUUCCUGGACAAUAAAGUGCUGACAUACAUCAUAGCCCAUUGUUUUACCUGUAAUUAAGGCAUAAUGUUGAUUCACAUCAUGUGUAUUCAUCAUGAUUUUCUUUGUUUUUGUUUUAUGUGACACCAACAAUGGUGAAAUAAAACACUGAUUUGACAACGUGA